AUUUUCGGGUCAGCGAUUUGGCAUCGAUCGAUUUCUAUCUAUGGUUUCUUUUCUUCGCCAUCCAACAACAACACCUUCCAACAUUCUCUAUCAUAAAUUUCGAUCUUUUGGUUUUUUUUGGGGGGUUUGGACCGCUAAUUAUAUCUUUGUUACUCUGUUCCGCUGCAUUCCAUAGAUCGCAGUUCUCCGCGACGACAUGUCUCAAGUUGAAGUUGACCUCUACGAGGUGCUAGAAAUCACUCAAGGCGCAACCAAAGAUGAAAUCCGAAAGGCCUAUCGCAAAGCUGCUCUCGCGAGCCAUCCCGAUAAGGUCCCCGAGGGCGAGCGAGAAGCUGCAGAGAUCCGAUUCAAAGCCGUCCAGGAAGCCUACGACAUUCUUUACGAUGAAGAGAAACGGCAGAUCUAUGACACACAUGGCAUGGGGGCUUUCAACGGGUCGGGAGAGCCUGGAAUGAGCGGAGGCCCGGAUCUGGAUGAUAUCCUUGCGCAGAUGUUUGGGGGGAUGGGCGGGAUGGGCGGUAUGCCCGGGAUGGGUGGGAUGCCAGGCGGACCGCAUGCGCAGAGACCACGGAAGAGCCCAAACGAGGAACAGAAAUACGAAGUCAAACUCGAGGAUCUCUACAAGGGCAAGACUGUUAAGUUUGCCAGCACCAAGAACGUGAUUUGCAGCCUUUGCCAAGGUAAAGGUGGCAAGGAACGGGCGACGGCGAAAAAAUGCUCUACAUGCGAUGGACAAGGUUUCAAGCAGGUUCUUACUCGCAUGGGACAGUUCCUGACUCCCUCGACGGUGGUGUGCUCUACCUGCAAUGGUGAUGGUCAAUUCUUCAGCCCCAAGGAUAAGUGCAAGAAGUGCAAGGGCAAGAAGACGACGGAGGAAAAGAAGAUUUUGGAAAUUUACAUUCCCCGCGGAGCUAGGGAAGGGGACAAGAUCGUCCUGGAAGGCGAGGCGGAUCAGGUGCCUGGUCAAGAGCCGGGCGAUAUCGUCUUCCAUCUAGUCGAAGAGGACCACCCGACGUUCAAGCGGGCUGGCGCUGAUCUUUUGGCGACCAUCGAUGUGACGCUGGCGGAGGCUCUGACAGGCUUGCAUCGCGUGGUCAUCAAGCAUCUUGACGGUCGAGGAAUUGAACUUCAAUAUCCGAAGACCCCAGGACAGGUCCUGUCACCGGGACAGGUUCUCAAGGUGUCUGGCGAAGGCAUGCCAAUCAAGCGUGCCGAUGUCCGUGGCGACCUAUACCUUACGGUCAACAUCAGAUUCCCAGACGAGAAAUGGCAACCUAGCGCCGAGAUUCUCGAAAACCUGAAGGCGAUGUUGCCCAAGCCCGACCCCCCCAUUCAUGCGGACACCGUCGACGAAGUGGACUAUGACCCCAAGGGCAACCUGGAUGACUUUGGUUCGCAGGAUGCCCAAGGGGGAUCUGCGUGGGAAGAUGAGGAGGAAGAGGGCGAGACGGCGCAGUGCACGACUCAGUGAUGCGGGGGGGGGUUCUAUGGCUUUUUUUUUUCUUUCUUUCUUCUGCUCUUACGAUUCUCUGUACUUGAUACCAUUUCCCUUGAGUGUACUUUUCUCAGGGAUUUCUUUACGAGAUGAUAGAACUUUUCGAUGCA